GUACUCUUCACGCUGAACGACGCGCUCUAGUGGCAUCGACCCCGGACGCCGAGCCAGCCUCAGGGAUUUGGGGUAAUUUGGCUCCUGCAGGCUCACGGCGUCAUCUAUCUAUCGUAAUCACGCGUCGUCGGCAACACCCAUGUUCGUGAGCAGUGGGACACGCAGUGGCUGCUCGAAUAGACGCCGUCGCGGCCGCGUUUGGGCCAAAAUGCCGCAAGCAGCUGGCGGGAGCAAAUGCGGCCGCGGCGGGGCCGAGCGGCUGGUCCGAGGCUCCGCACGCAUGUCGCGCACCCGCCGGCUGCUGCGAGUCGGCUGGAUGGCGCGCCGCGGCCGCGAACGAGAGAAAUCACACGACAUCGGAGAACGCCGCCGAAACCGGACGAAAGCCCAACGCGCGCGAUUCCCACACAGGUCGCUAGAGCCAUGAAGCUCGCGGUGUGCCUCUUGGCCGCGCCGGUCGCCGGCCUGGUGGCGCCGGCCGCGCCGGCGAGGACCGCCACGGUCCUCAACGCCGAGAUGUCGAAGGCGCUGCCCUUCCUCACGGCGCCGAAGGGCCUCAAGGGCUACAUCGGCGAGGAGGCGGGCUUCGACCCGGUCGGCUUCGCCGAGAUCAUGGACAUCAAGUGGAUGCGCGAGGCCGAGAUCAAGCACGGCCGCGUCGCGAUGCUCGCGACGAUCGGCUACACCUACCCCGAGAUGCCCUGGUUCGCCCAGGCCUUCCCGGGCGACGCGUACUCGCACAGCAACCCCAUCAAGGCGGCGCUGGCCGUGCCGCCGGAGGCGUGGGCGCAGGUCGUGCUCUUCUGCGGCGUUAUGGAAUGGUGGAAACCAGUGCAGAAAUGACGUCCACGCCAUCGACGCGACGCCAGCUCGAUGGCGAGCACCCGAAUCACUGGUUGAUUUACGCACAGGAGUCUUAAUGGGGGCAAGGUCACGAUGAUGACCAUGUUCGACGGCACGAGCCGGGCGCCGGGCGACUUCGGCUGGGACCCCAUGGGCCUGAUGAGCCCGGCGAACGAGGAGCGGAUGAAGAUGCGCGAGUUACAGCACGGCCGGCUCGCGAUGAUCGCCAUCGGCGGCAUGAUCCACGGCUCCUUCGUGACGGGCACGGGCGUGUUCGGCGGCAUGAACUAGAUGUGGGAAAUUGACGGCGGCGCGGUGGGGGCGCCUAAAAAAAUAGUCUCU